UGCUUCCUGGGCAAGAUGGAUUUUAUAGGUGACAUCACACAAAAAGGGUAUGAAAAGAAGAGGUCGAAGCUCAUUGGAGCCUAUCUGCCCCAGCCUCCGACAGCGAAUGGAGCUGCGGUGGCCCGGUGCAGACUGCAGCACAGUGAAGGCGCCCCGAGGAGACCGCCACACUCCAGCCACAUCGGGGUGUGCGACAUCCGAGAAGCCGCCGGCAGGGAGCGUGCGGCCAGCACUGCAGGAAACCGGCCUCUGUUUUACUUUCGUUUCGGGGUGGACCAAGCUUUGCCGCCAGAGCGCCGGGCCCCGGUCACUCCUUCCUCCUCCCGCUACCACCGCCGAAGGUCCUCAGGGUCACGAGAUGAGCGCUACCGGUCGGACGUCCACACAGAAGCUGUUCAGGCGGCGCUUGCGAAACACAAAGAAAGGAAGAUGGCAGUGCCUAUGCCCUCCAAGCGCAGGUCCCUGGUCGUGCAGACCUCGAUGGACGCCUACACGCCUCCAGAUACCUCCUCCGGCUCGGACGACGAGGGCUCAGUGCAGGGUGACUCCCAGGGGACGCCCACCUCCAGCCAGGGCAGCAUCAACAUGGAACACUGGAUCAGCCAGGCUAUCCACGGCUCCACGACCUCCACCACCUCGUCCUCGUCCACCCAGAGUGGAGGCAGCGGCGCCGCCCACCGGCUGGCUGAUGUCAUGGCCCAGACACACAUAGAAAAUCACUCUGCACCUCCCGAUGUAACCACGUACACCUCAGAACACUCCAUACAAGUAGAAAGGCCGCAAGGCUCCACGACGUCGCGGACAGCCCCGAAGUAUGGCAACGCCGAGCUCAUGGAGACCGGCGACGGAGUACCCGUAAGUAGCCGGGUGUCAGCGAAAAUUCAGCAACUGGUCAAUACCCUCAAGCGACCUAAGCGACCGCCAUUACGGGAGUUCUUUGUCGAUGACUUUGAAGAACUUUUAGAAGUCCAGCAACCAGAUCCGAACCAGCCCAAACCAGAGGGAGCGCAGAUGUUGGCCAUGCGCGGGGAGCAGCUGGGUGUGGUUACGAACUGGCCCCCGUCUUUAGAAGCCGCCCUGCAGCGAUGGGGGACCAUCUCGCCAAAGGCCCCGUGCUUGACCACGAUGGACACGAAUGGGAAGCCCCUGUACAUCCUCACUUACGGUAAACUGUGGACAAGAAGUAUGAAGGUUGCUUACAACAUUCUGCAUAAACUAGGUACAAAGCAAGAACCGAUGGUGCGACCUGGAGACCGGGUGGCACUGGUGUUCCCCAACAAUGACCCCGCUGCAUCCAUGGUGGCCUUCUACGGCUGUCUGCUGGCCGAGGUCGUUCCCGUGCCCAUCGAAGUCCCACUCACGAGAAAGGAUGCAGGAAGCCAGCAGAUCGGGUUCCUGCUCGGCAGCUGUGGGGUUACUGUUGCCUUGACGAGUGACGCCUGCCACAAAGGACUGCCCAAGAGCCCAACGGGAGAGAUCCCACAGUUCAAAGGUUGGCCAAAGCUGCUGUGGUUCGUCACGGAGUCAAAACACCUCUCCAAACCACCUCGGGACUGGUUCCCCCACAUUAAAGAUGCAAAUAAUGACACAGCAUACAUCGAGUAUAAGACGUGCAAGGACGGAAGUGUGCUCGGGGUGACCGUGACGAGGAUCGCGCUGCUGACCCACUGCCAGGCGCUCACGCAGGCCUGCGGCUACACAGAAGCUGAAACGAUUGUGAAUGUGUUGGAUUUCAAGAAGGACGUCGGGCUCUGGCAUGGAAUCCUGACGAGUGUCAUGAACAUGAUGCACGUGAUCAGCAUCCCAUAUGCACUGAUGAAGGUGAACCCGCUGUCCUGGAUUCAGAAGGUCUGCCAGUACAAAGCAAAAGUGGCCUGCGUCAAGUCCAGAGACAUGCACUGGGCGCUGGUGGCACACAGGGAUCAGAGGGACAUCAACCUCUCCUCUCUGCGGAUGCUGAUCGUGGCCGACGGCGCCAACCCCUGGUCUAUCUCUUCCUGUGAUGCAUUUCUUAACGUCUUCCAAAGUAAAGGCCUGCGCCAGGAGGUCAUCUGUCCCUGUGCCAGCUCGCCGGAGGCGCUCACGGUUGCCAUCCGGAGGCCCACAGACGACAGCAACCAGCCCCCCGGCCGGGGUGUCCUCUCCAUGCACGGGCUGACCUACGGGGUCAUCCGGGUAGACUCGGAGGAAAAGCUGUCUGUGCUCACCGUGCAGGACGUCGGCCUCGUGAUGCCUGGAGCCAUCACGUGCUCCGUGAAGCCGGACGGGGUCCCGCAGCUGUGCAGGACAGACGAGAUCGGGGAGCUGUGCGUGUGCGCCAUCGCCACGGGCACGUCCUAUUACGGCCUCUCGGGCAUGACCAAGAACACCUUCGAGGUGUUCCCCGUGACAAGCUCAGGGGCCCCGGUCAGCGAGUACCCCUUCGUGAGGACAGGCCUGCUGGGCUUUGUCGGCCCCGGGGGGCUCGUCUUCGUGGUGGGCAAGAUGGACGGGCUCAUGGUGGUGAGCGGACGCAGACACAACGCCGACGACAUCGUGGCCACUGCGCUGGCUGUGGAGCCCAUGAAGUUCGUCUACAGGGGAAGGAUAGCCGUGUUCUCGGUGACCGUCCUGCACGAUGAGCGGGUCGUGAUUGUGGCUGAGCAGAGGCCGGACUCCACGGAGGAGGACAGCUUCCAGUGGAUGAGCCGGGUGCUCCAGGCGAUCGACAGCAUCCAUCAAGUCGGGGUUUAUUGCUUAGCCCUGGUGCCGGCCAACACCCUCCCCAAAACCCCGCUUGGUGGGAUCCACUUGUCAGAAACGAAGCAGCUUUUUCUGGAAGGCUCACUUCACCCCUGCAAUGUCCUGAUGUGCCCGCACACCUGUGUCACAAACCUGCCUAAACCUCGACAAAAGCAGCCAGAAAUCGGCCCUGCCUCUGUGAUGGUGGGGAACCUGGUGUCUGGGAAGAGGAUUGCGCAGGCCAGCGGCAGGGACCUGGGGCAGAUAGAGGACAACGACCAGGCCCGGAAGUUCCUGUUCCUCUCGGAGGUCCUGCAGUGGAGGGCCCAGACCACGCCCGACCACGUCCUCUACACGCUGCUCAACUGCAGGGGCACAAUAGCGAACUCGCUGACGUGCGUGCAGCUGCACAAACGGGCGGAGAAGAUAGCCGUGAUGCUGAUGGACAGGGGGCGCCUGCAAGACGGGGACCACGUCGCCCUCGUGUACCCACCAGGAAUAGACCUCAUUGCGGCCUUCUAUGGCUGCCUGUAUGCGGGCUGCGUGCCAGUCACUGUGAGGCCCCCGCACCCACAGAACAUCGCGACAACGCUGCCCACCGUGAAGAUGAUCGUGGAGGUGAGUCGCUCUGCCUGUCUCAUGACAACACAGCUGAUCUGUAAGUUGCUGCGGUCCCGGGAGGCAGCUGCGGCCGUCGACGUCAGGGCGUGGCCCCCCAUCCUGGACACAGAUGACUUGCCAAAGAAGCGGCCGGCCCAGAUCUACAAACCCUCCAACCCGGACACGCUGGCGUAUCUCGACUUCAGCGUGUCCACGACUGGGAUGCUAGCCGGAGUGAAGAUGUGUCACGCCGCCACCAGUGCCUUCUGCCGGUCCAUUAAGCUGCAGUGUGAGCUCUACCCUUCUCGAGAAGUGGCCAUCUGCUUGGACCCUUACUGUGGGCUUGGGUUUGUCCUGUGGUGCCUCUGCAGCGUGUACUCCGGACACCAGUCCAUCCUCAUCCCGCCCUCUGAGCUGGAAGCCAACCCCGCCCUGUGGCUGCUCGCCGUCAGCCAGUACAAAGUCCGGGACACCUUCUGCUCCUACUCGGUGAUGGAGCUUUGCACCAAGGGGCUGGGCUCACAGACCGAGUCCCUCAAGGCACGAGGACUGGACUUGUCCCGCGUGCGGACGUGUGUGGUGGUGGCAGAGGAACGGCCUCGGAUCGCGCUCACCCAGUCCUUCUCGAAGCUGUUCAAGGACCUGGGCCUCCACCCGCGGGCCGUGAGCACCUCACUCGGCUGCCGGGUGAACCUGGCGAUCUGCUUGCAGGGGACCUCAGGACCUGAUCCCACCACGGUCUAUGUCGACAUGAGAGCCCUGAGACACGACAGAGUGCGCCUGGUGGAGCGAGGGUCCCCUCACAGCCUGCCGCUCAUGGAGUCCGGAAAAAUACUUCCGGGGGUUCGGAUCAUAAUCGCCAAUCCAGAAACGAAGGGACCGUUGGGAGACUCACACCUGGGCGAGAUCUGGGUUCACAGCGCCCACAACGCCAGCGGCUACUUCACUGUUUACGGAGACGAGUCCCUGCAGUCAGACCAUUUCAGCUCCAGGCUGAGUUUUGGGGACACCCAGACCAUCUGGGCGCGGACAGGCUAUUUGGGGUUUCUGCGGAGAACUGAGCUAACGGACGCAAACGGAGAGCGCCACGACGCCCUGCACGUGGUGGGGGCCCUGGACGAGGCCAUGGAGCUGCGUGGGAUGAGGUACCACCCGAUAGACAUCGAGACCUCCGUCAUCCGGGCACACAAAAGUGUCACCGAGUGUGCUGUGUUCACCUGGACAAACUUGUUGGUGGUUGUGGUUGAGCUUGAUGGCUCAGAGCAAGAAGCCUUGGACCUGGUCCCCUUGGUGACCAACGUGGUCCUGGAGGAGCACUACCUGGUGGUGGGGGUGGUGGUCGUGGUGGACAUCGGUGUCAUCCCCAUCAACUCCCGGGGCGAGAAGCAGCGCAUGCACCUGCGGGACGGGUUCCUGGCCGACCAGCUGGACCCCAUCUACGUGGCCUACAACAUGUAGCCCCGCCCCGCGCCUCUCUCCGCCCAGACGCGCUCCCGGCGCCCGCGUUGGCCCCGCACUGCCCCGGGCGGUGUGGCGAGGGGGCACAGCCUCCACCGAGGUUUGCUCAGAGGGACCUCGCAUCUCUGCCUUCAGUUUGUUGCAAAAGCUCAUUUCAAACCUUUCUUUUCUUUUCUUUUUUAAUUAUUGGAUAAUCAGUGCUUUCUUCGUAAAUGUGGUAUUUUGUUAAGCCAAAAUAGCAAUUAAAAAAUAUUCUGCCCUCCAGAUGGGUUCUUUUAAACAGUUUAUGUAGCGUGACGAGGAAUUGUUUUCUCUGUUUUAAUGUGUCAUGAAACCUUAAUGACAUGGACCUGUUACUAAUCUAAGCCAUGGCUAGGUCUCACCUUUUAGGGAAGUCUGCUGAGGUACGAGUAACCCAGACAGCAGCUUCUGAUUAGAUCUUAGCAGCUUCUUGUCAGAAGUGUGGUGGAGAGACAGAGGCCAGGUCAGCACAGAGCGAGGAGGAGUCAGGGAGAAGGGGCGUUCGGCAGUCACCCUGCAGAUAUCUUUGUACUAAACUAAAAAGAGAAAAUAAGUUAACUUCUUCAUAUGUAAUUAUGUACAAAACGUUUAAUUUAUUUUGAUCUCUUUAGAAGUAUAAAAGAGAAAAACAUUCAAGAAUAUUAAAGUCUUGUAAUGUUUGCUAAUAUAAAAAAGUGUUGUAUUAUCUUGCGUGGAUAGUAUCACAACAAAUAUAUAUAUAUAUAUAUGAAAUAUAAAUUCACUAACGAACAAAGGAGAUUUUAACGUUUAAAACGCAGAGCCUGUCACUUGCAUGGUGUCCCCUCCACUGUCCUGUAGAUAAGAGAGCCUCUGACGCCCGCUCUGCUGAUGAGGCAUCAGACGGCCAGGAGCCCAGCUCGUGCUGCUUCUGGAGCCGGAGGCCAGGAGGUGAGCCCGCUGCCCGCUGCCCCAGGACGGAGCCGGACUGUGUGAGUGGCGUGCACGGCUCUCUUAGCUGCAGGAACUGUCGCACAAUGUUUCCACCUUUCGGUCACUGUCACCCUUUCGGUUAGUGUCACCCUUUUUUGCUCCUCGGUAUGGAAAGGAGUGAUGUCCUGCGCCCGUUUGCACCGGCUGCGUGGGCCGCCCCCCAGUGGCCACUGUGUGGAAUGGACAGCGUCCAAAAUAGCUUGAAGGGAAAGACACAGGUGACUGUCGCCCUGGCCAGCUCCCAGGGGCCCCCAGCCACAUGAGCAAAGCCCACAGGGACCCCCACCCCCGCGGAGCCACCAGCCAGAGCCUCACCGCCGCCUGCCUUUGCCACCAUGGACGACGCAUUUCUGACGCCCGUCACCUGCUGCCGCCGCCGCCGCCCCACAGGCCUCGCGCCCAGAGCUCGCCGCACACCCCGGGGUUGACCUGGCUGUCCGUGCCCAGCCAGGCGGGGUGUCAGCACUCCAGCGUGAUUGCUUUGUCACCGCCCCGGUGUGACCCUGCAGUGACCCCCGGCACUGGAUAUACACCGCUGAGACUGUCGCUGGGCAAAGCCCAGACCCCUCGUCAUUACGCCCAGGCCACGUCUUGACAGGCCCUCGCCGGACGUGCCAGCAGCAAGGCCUUUGCUGAAAAAGUUUUGUUUGACUUCUGAGACCCAAGGCUGAUUGUUUUUUAAAAAUUUAAGCGGCAUAUUUUUUUAAUUUGCAUGUGGGAUGCACCCUCCACCUCACGGUCGUCUGGCUUUGUCCACACUGCUUGACUCAUCGCUGAGUGUGACUCUCCACUCGCUCAUACCCACAGCCCACCGCCUCGUGCUUCUUGCGGGAAAACCCGCCACGUGGGAAGCGUUCUCUUACACACACCUGUCUUGAGGGGAGGGGCUCAAGGGUCCAGGUAAGAUGCUGAGCGGGAAACAACUGCAGGGUAACUUGCAUGGGCCAGCUGGGGUCUGAAGCAGCAAGCCAGUGUUGCUGCAGACGCACCCCUCACCUUCCCGACGUCCGCUUCCCAAGCCGGGCCGUGCGGUCAUGCAAGCGGCUGGUGACGUCCUGUCACCUCUGCUGCUGGAGUUGAGGCCACAGGUUUGGGGAGCUGGGCUUGGAGCUCCGCCAUGCAAGGAAGAGGCAAGGAGGCACCCACCACUGUUUCAGCAAUAAAGGAGGACCGUACCGCAGCCGAGUCGAGUCGUUCACGGGCCGUAAGCGAUGUUUGUCUUGUGACCUUGUGCUUCGAAGUCAGACAAAACCGUGUGAUCAGCGUGCACACAGCCGGGCACACGGUGAACACUGAGACACAGACCUAACCCGACAGGGCGGCUUCCUCAUGGUGCUUGUUUAUUAUAUAUAUUCACCCUGCUUGACACUUUACCCCAGGGACACCGUCCCUUUUAUCAGUUGAAUGUUAGCAGCGUUACUUCAUAGUGUGGUGACUGGUUAGAGAAAUCCAUGUACUCGACCAAUCACGGUUUCAAACAAUUUUUAUGUGCAAAGGACGGCAACCUGCUCGUAUGUUAAACCACCAGUAAGCUUUGUACAUCUGUGAUAACGCCUGUUUUAUAUUCAAAUGAACAAAUAAAAGCUUUUAUUUUUGUUGCUCUGAAA